AUGGCCGCCAGCAUCAGCCUCGCGUCCCAUCCACCGGCGACCGCUGGGACACCUCUUGGACGACCAUCAACAAGUUCUAGGGCAGAAGAGCUGAGUGCAGAAAACCUUGAUGGCCGUGCACGAAAGCGAAUACAACAUGGCGGCAGCGACCCCUUAGGGUAUCCACGCCGACGUCCCAGCGCUUCUAUAUCAUCCUCAAGAAGCUUUGCUGAGCCAACGUCAAGCUCUACCAGUCGACAAAGAUCAGUGAGGGAACACAAGGCGCCAUUGGGUCCUCGGCCACAAGAGUUUUCUCCCUCAAAACGAGUUGUCAGCGACAAUAUCACCACCUCAGGACGUCCUGCUCUCCCCAUUUCCACGAGCGUCCCUUUAUUUGGACAGCCAUCGGCAGCGCGCAAAGCCGAGUUCAACUUUGCUCCUUUUCCACAUCAAAAGGAGGAUGUGGAGAACGCGACCACGGGUGCGUCAGCGGAGUUUCUGCCGUCGAUCAGCUUUGAUGAGCUCCAUAACAAUCUCACAUACAACAAUCUCUCUACAGGCCUUCUGCACGCAUCCUCGGCCGGCGGACCAACUACCGGGGUCAGAAGCAGAGGUGAUGGGGUGACUUUGCCUUCCACUACUGGUCACCCUGGACCGUACAGAUCGUACCCUGCCGCUCCACGGCCCGGACGCAGUGACUCCACGGUGCGGUCUCGGCACGUUUCUGCUGGCCACGGCGCCACACCCGUAACUUUUACUACCGGUGGUGAUCAGAGCGGUGGUCUUGCCGGCGCAUCGCUUCCCAUCAGGACUCGCCGCCAGAGCCUGCUCCCACCGACUGCUGCAAACAAUUCCGGACGUCGAUUUCCGCGAAAAUCUGUCGGCUCUGGCACUUCGGCACCCACAGCAGCCAAGGAUGCUUUGGCUCCGCAACCUCAGGCAAAUCUCAUUCCUCACAAUAAUGGCGUCUCUCUGGGCGCUGGCCCUGACCAACCUUUGGUCAACCGACUGAGCGUGGCAAACAAUCAGAAUGUUGUUCGGAGAGAACCUCGCCUCUCGACUGCAGCACGCAGUCUCAAAGCCAAAUCCCUACAGCCCCAGUCACGACCGACGCCUGGCUAUCUUUCGACGCCGUCAAAGGCCACCAUUGAUCACUCGUGGCACACGCCCGGCUCCGCCGUCGGUCGCUCACCGGGGAGGCGUUUGAACACUCCCUCCUCCUCCAACUCAAGCAACCGAAUGUCCACCAUGCCCGCUCAUGCCACGGGCCUCGGUGCCCGCACCAUCAGUCCCACCGAUACCCGAAGAAUGAAGCGCCUGUCGAUGGCGACCGGUCAUCCCGGCCUACCGACAACGCCCCCAACUCCUCAGCCCUAUUUCGUUUCGCGCCCGCGAUCUAGCAAUCGCUCUCCAGCUGCCCUUUCAAGGAAGAGUGUUACUCCUUCGUCCUCUCGCACGACCCCGGAGCACAAUCGAAAAUCGUAUAGCUCUGGUAUCUCAAUCUCUUCGAGUACCAGCUACAAUUCCACACGAACUUCUUCGGGCUCGCUCCAGCCUCGAACAUCUCAGACUCUGUCCACUUCGAGGCUGCCCACGCCAAAAGCACGAAAUAUUCAUAGCUCUGCUGCUGGCGAGGAAGAGGUGCCUCCGGUCCCUGCGAUACCGAAGGCCUAUGAAUCUCCCAAGGACCUCACCGAUCAACCAUUCUUCACGCCUCGCAAAUCAAGCCUGCCAUUCGAGGUGGAUAACGGCAAUGGCGAAUCGGCCAAUGAAGCUUCGACUGGUAAAGGUGUAGCCAAGGAGAGUACAAUGGCCGGCCCCGCCACCGCGAACACGCCAAAGCCGACUCCUGCGCCUGUGCAUGCCAGCGAGACAGAUUCAGGUAAUGGGUCUCGGUUGGGCAAGAAGAACUUGCAGCCAAUCCGAGUACCUCCCAUCAAUCUCCUCCCGUUAGAUGGUGCUGCUGCAGACAAGCCGGGCAUUCUCCCACCCACCUCUGACAAGUUUGACGGGCAAGCAACACCUCCGCCGAAGCGCGGGGCAGCAAAGACACCUAGCACACCCUUGACUGCUUCCAAAGCCGGGUUUUUCCAAAAGUCUGUCAAUAAUGCCAUAACUACUCCCGUCACCCAUUUGCGGAGUGCCAGCUCCCAGCAUAUCACUACCGGAAGAACAUCGACCGUUCGGGCGCCGAGCAGGUCCAGCCUGGAGAUGCUCGAAGCGUCAACUGCCGCAGCUGAGCGACGAGCCCUUUCACCUUUUAUAUCGGCUACCAUGCCAAGGCGAAUCAGCGAUCUCCAUCAGCAGAAUUCCAAGAAACAUGGUGACUAUCACACUAUCAACUUUGGCUCAGAGCUUCGCUUGGGCCGUGUCGGCGGACCCCGGGCUCAAACUUCGGCCAAGCCUGAGCGCGACGAAGUUUCAUCCAAUGACCCUGGUUCUGUUGGCGAAGAGACUCCGACGGCGAAUGUCAGCUCGAGGCGCAAGAUAAGCUUGAAUUGGAGGAAACCGUCGUUCAAAUCAUUCCAUUCGAGCAAUGAAAAGAAUGAGCCGUCGCCAGAACUACAACUUCCAUCUUAUGCCGAUUUACCUCCUCCAAAGCUUCCCUCAUCAACCACAUGGUCUGGUCAUAUGAACAUGAGUCCGAGCCCAGCCUUGAAGGCGGCAUUUCAUCAUGGGCCUGUCCGGAAGAGUUCUUCAUCUAGCAUCACGUUGCUCAGUCACCGACAAGGUCUACCUGUUGAAAGCCAACCACAGGUUAUCGGCGAAACAACGAAGCAGUCUGGCCUUCGCCUGGGUCCCUCGCAAAAUGCAAUUGCUGCUGCGCGGACGGCUCCGUCGAUUCUACCGCCUUUACAGCGGACAGUGACUCCAAAGACCUCUAGCAGCUCACUGGGAGCCCGGAAUGCCCAACAACUCGACCGUGAUGACCAGGUUGCUGAAGAAGAGAUGAAGAAGUUCGCAAAUAAGCGCAAGGACGUCGAAAUCGCUGCACGAGAGGUGGAUGAUUUACGAAGGCGAGCAACUCCCAAGGACAGAGUCUCACCCACCCAGGCAUUACGGUCGGCUCACCUCAAUAUCUUUGAGCGAGGUGAGAUUGUCGACUACAAGGAAGUGUUCUUUUGCGGUCUCCAGAAUGCGAAGAAGCAGGUCGGAGAUUUGAGCACAACCGCUGCCAAUUUCGGUUACGACGAUGACCGAGGCGAUUAUAAGAUUGUUGAGGGUGACCAUCUUGCCUACCGAUAUGAGGUUGUUAAUCUCCUCGGAAAGGGAAGUUUUGGCCAAGUGGUAAGAUGCAUUGACCACAAGACCGGCAGUUUGGUUGCCAUCAAGAUUAUCCGAAAUAAAAAGAGGUUUCAUCAGCAAGCUUUGGUCGAGGUCAAUAUCUUGCAGAAACUUCGCGAAUGGGACCCUCAAGAUAAGAACAGCAUGGUCAGCUUCACCCAAAGCUUUUACUUCCGUGGUCAUCUCUGCAUCUCGACCGAACUUCUUGGAAUGAAUUUGUAUGAAUUUAUCAAAGUCAACGAUUUCCGUGGGUUUUCGUUGAAGCUUAUUCGGCGCUUCACGAAGCAAAUGCUCAGCUGUCUGGUGUUACUGAGAAGCCGUCGUGUUAUACAUUGUGACCUUAAACCCGAAAAUAUUCUGCUCGCUCACCCCGCGCAUUCGGAGAUCAAAGUUAUAGAUUUUGGCUCCAGCUGUUUCGAGAAGGAAAAAGUCUAUACAUAUAUUCAGUCGCGUUUUUACCGGUCUCCAGAGGUGAUUCUUGGUAUGACGUAUGGACUUCCCAUUGACAUGUGGAGCUUGGGGUGUAUUUUGGCGGAACUCUACACUGGCUAUCCCAUCUUUCCCGGUGAGAAUGAACAAGAGCAACUCGCUUGCAUCAUGGAGAUUUUUGGUCCCCCGGAGAAGCAUCUCAUCGAGAAGAGCACCCGCAAAAAGCUCUUUUUCGACUCCGUGGGCAAGCCACGCCUAACUGUCUCAUCCAAGGGUCGUCGACGAAGACCAAGUUCCAAGACCUUACAGCAAGCUCUCAAGUGCGACGAUGAUGCCUUUCUCGACUUCAUUACACGUUGUUUGCGAUGGGAUCCUGACAGGCGUCUUCGCCCGGACGAUGCCUUGCGCCACGAUUUUAUCACUGGCAUCCGGAAGUCGGCUAGAGGUCGUAUCUUCUCUUCAGCAAAUGAGGCAAGCGGCUCCCUCAAAAGAAUGAAUACUGUUUCUUCCUCGGCUCGACCUUUACCAGAUCCUCCUGCCACGAGCUUGAAACAUGGCACUCUGGUGAAGAGUGCUACCGCUGGCAACCUCUCACCAACUAAGGUACCAUCGACGAAGAAGACUACUUCCAUGACUGGCGCACCGUCCGUAUCGAGCAGCAUCGGCGUGAAACGGAACUCUACUGGAGCUGCCGUCGCUUCAAAUCUGCCUAAAGCGCCGCAGAGAAGUGUAUCUGGGAAGACGGAUUUGGCUUCUGCUGCCGCUGCAGUUAGUCUGAAGUCCCAUUAA